CACAAACACAGGAACAAGCUGAGYAAAGACUUGUCCUUCAGUGUAGCUAACAGUGCUCUGGACUUGAUGUUGGGAGUGUUUGUUAAAAAGUUCUCGUAAAGGRGGAUCAUACAGCUGUGGACCAUGGCGGCAAGGAUUCUGCCCUUACUAAAACUAGCCACCAAGGUGACCAUUGCAGGAGGAGCUGUUUAUGUCGCCUGUGACUCAGGACUGCUGGGAAGCAGUGAACAAGGCGCACAGGCCCUGGAGAAGGCUAAAGCAGCUGUACCACCCGCUUUAGCGGAAUGGAUGAAGUAUUUUGGUCUGGAGGCUCAGCUUCCGACCAUGCCCAAGGUUGAGUUCUCUCCUGUUAAAUCGUGGAAUUCUGGAGUCCGGUGGACAAUUUCCAACCUGUCCGAAGCUCCAACAAAGGCAGCUGAAUAUUCAAAUCAGGGAUUGCAGUAUGUAAAGGACCUCAUCAAAUAAACUCGUAAUCUCUGAGAGACCUCACAUUAUCAGUUUGCCUUUCACUUGAGUAAUGACAGUACUUUAAAUGUGGCCCCUCUCUUAAGAAGAUGGUCAGCAUWUAGCAGCUAAAAUCCAGUUAGGCGUGCUCUCUGCUGAAAGAUGUUUUAAUAAAGUGGUKGAAAUGGAAGUAGUACACAAAGCAGAGAAGCGCCAGGAGGUUUAAAUAUCUUGUAUAUUUUGUGUAUACCAAUAAAUUGUCACUAAUUUCCUGUAUYGAGUUGAAUACCAUCCUAUGAUCAGUCCAAAUGUAAGGAGAAUGUUGUAUAUUUGCAAUUCCACUAUUUGCAGUAAGAUCAAUCUUAAAACAUGUUGUCUUUAGUUUGAUUUAUUGAGUAAAGUCUCAUUUACAUGUUUUUUUCAAAGAGAAAUAAAUAUGCAAAACCUU